AUGAAGUGCAACGGCUCCUUGCUAGUCCUACUUAGCGCAAUACUCAGCGCUACGAACGCUUUGAUACGAAAUGGGAACAAUCCGCAGGCAUUAGUUCCGGAAAAGAGCGAUGACUCGAGUGGGGGCCAGAACAAACCCUCCGGUGACAACCAAGACACGUGCGAAAUUCAAAAGAUGGCGGAAGAAAUGAUGGAAAAAAUGGUGAACGAAAAAGAUGUGUUUACCUCCAUCAUGGAACCUCUCCAGAGCAAAUUAACCGAUGAUCACCUCUGUUCAAAACUAAAAUAUACGAACGUUUGUCUUCACGAAAAGGACAAAACUCCCUUGACCUUCCCCUGCACAAGUCCGGAGUACGAAAAAUUAAUUCAGCAAUUUACUUAUCAAAAGUUAUGCAACUCCAAGGUGGCCUUCAGCAACGUGUUGCUGAAAUCCUUCAUCGAUAAGAAGAACGAAGAAAACACAUUCAACGCGAUCAUACAGAAUUACAAAGUUCUGUCCACUUGUAUUGAUGAAGAUUUGAAGGAUAUUUACAAUGCAUCUAUAGAAUUAUUCUCCGACAUUAGAAGCUCCGUCACAGAAAUCACGGAAAAGUUGUGGUCCAAAAAUAUGAUCGAUGUUUUAAAAACAAGAGAGCAAGCCAUUGCAGGCAUUUUAUGUGAGUUAAGAAACGGAAACAAUUCUCCCCUAGUAUCAAACAGUUUGUCGUAUGAAAAUUUUGGAAUCCUCAAGGUUAAUUAUGAAGCCUUAAUGAACCAGGCGUAUAAAGCUUUUUCAGACUACUAUUCAUACUUUCCCGCUUUUGCCAUUAAAUUGUUAGAAAAGGGAGGGUUCGUCGAGCGAUUGGUCGCUAUCCAUGAAAGCUUGACCAACUACAGGACGAAAAAUAUUCUCAAGAAGAUCAAUGAGAAGUCCAAAAAUGAGGUCCUGAAUAACGAGGAUAUUAUGCACAGCUUGAGCAGUUACAAGCACCAUGCCGGGGGCACACGUGGCUCCUUCGUGCAGUCCAGAGGUGUGAGCCAAGUUACGCAAGGCGUCCUGAGCGUCGACGAGAAGGGUGACCCGUCCUCCACCGCGGGGGGCAACCAAAGCGCAAACAUGGCCACGGCGGCCCCCAACACGGUUCCUGCUACCAACACGGCUGCUGCUACCACUGCUACUACUACGAACACGGCAACUAAUACCAACACGGCAACUAAUACCAACACGGCUACUAAUACCAACAGUGCAGCUACUACCAACACGGCCGCUACUACCAACACGGCCGCUACUACCAACACGACCGCUACUACCAACAGUGUAGCUACUUCCCCCCUGAACACCCCCCUGUACGGCACCAGCUCCUCGAGGACAAAGGACGUCGUAGUGCUGGUCAGAGAUCUGCUCAAAAACACAAACAUCAUAAAAUUCGAGAAGAACGAACCGACUAGCCAAAUAGACGAUGAAGGAAUUAAGAAGCUCAUAGAGAGUUCCUUCUUCGACCUAAGCGACAACACCAUGUUAAUGCGCUUGCUCAUAAAGCCGCAGGCAGCCAUCCUAUUCAUCAUUCAGUCCUUCAUUAUGAUGACGCCGUCCCCCACAAGAGACGCCAAAAUGUAUUGCAAGAAAAAGCUAGUUAAUGGCCAGCUAAUAGAAAACUCCGACUUAAAAGCUGCGACGGAGGAAGAAGACAUGAUAACCGAGUUUUCCAGCAAGUACAAUUUAUUCUACGAAAGGCUGAAACUGGAGGAGUUGCGCGAAAUUGAACAGAACAGGAAAGCGCUCAAGAAUUCGAAGGGAAGUCUGUCCGUGCUGCAGGUCGGCAACUCGCAGAAUGGUCCAGACGGGAAGGAGGCCAACGGAAGUGGAAACGCCGCAAAUGGAAACGCCCAAAAUGGAAACGGCGCAAAUGUAAAUGCUCAAAAUGAAAACGCCCCAAAUGGAAACAACGGAAGCGCCUCCCCCCUCAUCGUAGUGGUAGGGGACGAGCUCGGAGAAAAAACCGACGAUAUCAUCAAAAAAAAUGUGGACGUGGAAGCCUUGACAGCCGACGUGGAACAAGCCUUCAAAAGCUUCGAAUACCAAAGUGGAAGUUUCUCUGCAAACUUAUCUCACGCCCUGGUUCUCCUCUCCUCCAUUGCGUUGCUCUUAUUCAUUUGUUAA